AUGGCACCUUCAGCGACAGAAACUGCCACAGUGACCGACCCGGUCAACCUUCCGGUGAACAACCUUCGUCUGUACGCCGAUGGCUCUGGCGAUUACAAGGAGCUCUCCCCUACCGUGUACGAUAAGGAUGCCGAAGCGAAGGGGGGAGACGGCCAUGAAGGUGCAAAGUACCCCCACUACCUUCCCACGUGGAAUCCCGAGCAACAAUACCCUCCCUUGCAGCCCUUUCAGCACUACGAUCAUGGCAAGGAUGCGGACCCCAGCUACCCAGAGCUUCUCCCUAAGGACGCCCAAGUGACCGACCUCACACCCUCGAUCGGCACAGAAGUUAGGGGCGUUCAGCUCAGUAAGCUCAGCGAUGCCGGCCGCGACCAGCUCGCCCGCUAUGUUGCGGAACGCAAGGUCGUCGCCUUCCGUGGGCAAGACUUUGCCGACCUGCCCAUCGACAAAGCGCUUGAGUUUGGUGGCUACUUUGGCCGCCACCACAUUCACCCCACCUCCGGAUCCCCCGAGGGCUUCCCGGAGGUUCACCUUGUCCACCGUGCAGCGGGUGACAAGUCGGCUGAGAAGUUCUUCGCUACCAGAACGAGCUCAAUCGCAUGGCACUCAGAUGUCUCGUACGAGCAGCAGCCGCCGGGCACAACUUUCCUAUACAUCCUCGACAAGCCCGAGACAGGCGGAGACACUCUUUUCUGCAACGCUGCCGAGGCGUACAACAGACUCAGCCCGCUCUUCCAGGAAAGACUUCACGGUCUGCAGGCUGUUCACUCUGGUAUCGAGCAGGUCGCCGCCUCUGUCAAGAAGGGUAGCAUCAAACGCCGCGAGCCCGUUGCCAACACCCACCCUAUUGUCCGCACACACCCCGUGACUGGCGAGAAGGCCCUUUACAUCAACCCUCAGUUCACUCGCGAAAUUGUUGGCUUGAAGAAGGAAGAAUCCGAUGCUCUGCUGAAAUUCUUGUACGAGCACAUUGCGUGGGGCGCUGACUUCCAUGCCCGCGUAAAGUGGGAAGAGGGAACUGUCGUCGUCUGGGACAACCGCGUUACUCAACACUCUGCGUUGAUUGACUGGAACAACGGAUCGCGAAGGCACUUGGCCAGAAUCACUCCACAGGCCGAGCGGCCAUAUGAGACUCCUUUCAAGGGUUAG